AUGGCAUCAAAGGUAACAUUCUUUCAGGCAGAUGUUUUGGAGUGGCUUUUCUCAAAUAAAACCGUUCUGUCUCGGCUUCGAAGAGAAAGAUAUGCGUUGGAAAAAGGUUUUCUGGGGUAUUUUUACGACGUCAGGGAUAUGAUAUCGGAAAUAAGAGGAACGGGAACGAAGGAUGCCGACAACAAAAAGGAAACUGUUCGGGAAUCAACUGAAUCCCGUUCAAUGAGUCAGUUUUACGAGUCUGAAGAACUGGCCAAACGCAUGAAAUGGAAGCGCGUAACUUGGGAUGAGGAUGCCGACUAUACCGGUUUUUCACGUCGGCUUUUGGAAAAUGACGGUCUGUUGAAAAAUGUGCCAGCAUUCUCUUUUCUUUCUAUUCAUGUUACAAAUGAUCCUGCUUUCACUCACCUUGUGAGCUUUCCUGUUGCUGAAAAAGCAGUUGAAUUGGGGACGCUGACAAACUGGGUUCUUCAAGAACGAGAUCCUAUAUCUGUUGAUAAGUACUUACCCACUAAAAAAAAUAAGCUACGUGGGGCAUUUACCGUGGAUUGGGUUGCUGGAGAAGUAAAGGUAAUUGACACAGCAUCGGUUCAAGAAGUUUUGACAUUUCUGCACACUGUUGCACCACGGCUUCAGGCGCUUCAGAUUCAUAUGGAGGAACAACAGUCAGCUUUGGUGGAGAAUGUUCAAAAUGCAAGGUUCCGCGUUGGUGCAGAGGUUAAGUUUAAUGAUCAUGAUACGACCUUUUGGGACGAUCCGAAGCGUAGAAACAAUCCUGAAUACGUCACCCCCGACGAUGUAGAAAAAUUUCUUAAGGGCCUCUUGAAUUCAGCAUUUCUCUAUCGUUGGUUUCUGAGGGGCCAAGGCCUGCGGGUUGUGCCGCCUGGAAGGCCCUACUUUAUUGACAUAGAGAAAAGAGAAAUACAAAUUCCUGCUAAUUUUGCAGAUUAUAAUUGGCGUGCUGCACAUAAGCGCUUUGAGAAAAUUGAACGUGUUUUUUCCACAAUGAGAACUUUUUGGUGGUUGUGGUUUUCUUUAUCAAUGGUGAUAAUAGGAGAUGUAGAGAUUUUUUGA